UGGUUUUUAUGCCAAUAAUGCUUCCGUAAACAAGAUUUUCUUGAUCACAUUAUCCAGGUUAACGAAUAGCGAAAUGCUACCGCGCGAACUUUGAAAAGGGAGUCUUGUUUAGUUUUGACUUUGUUGUGUUACACGCUGCAGAAGUCUAUAGAUUAACUUUAAAUCAGUUUAUUCUGGUCGAACGCUCUGCGAUGUAAAUAUCUGCUCGUUACUAAUGAUAUGCUUGUAGGGAAAACUCAAUGAAACUAUUACAAGUCCAAGUUUUUUUCCGUCAUGGUGCGAGAACACCUUUGUUCCAUGUGAAGUCCACUGUUGUUCCCGAGGCUAUGUGGACUUCAGAUAUAUCCACUGACUUACCACAUACCGUUUACCCCUAUCGUCUCGUUGAUAUUUCCACACAAAAGCAAGUCCAACUUACUCCAGAUUACCUAGACAGAUUGUAUGUCUUGCCUGGUGGUAAUAGAGUUGGUGAGUUAACCAGAGGUGGUCAGGAAGACGCUUAUAGCCUGGGAAUUCGUCUCAGGAGGCAGUACAUGGAAGAGCAUACUUUCUUGACACAAAAGUUUCAACCAUCGCAAUUUUAUAUGAGAACAACCUUUAUUUCGAGAACUAUUAAGUCUCUUCGUUGCCUUAUCGCCGGUGUAGCUGGCAAUAGUUUUGAUUCUUUGACUGUUCUUCCUACUUUUGAAUGUGAGAAGUUGAACAUGGAAAUUUUGUUUCCAAAUCCCAAUACUUGUGAGAUUAUUCCGAAGUUGUUUAAAGAAGGGAUCGCUGAAUGCUCCAAAUCAAAAGCUCAUGAAGAAGUGAAGGCCACUUUACGAAGGAUUUUGGGCGUUGAACGGCUUUUGGAUUGUGUUGAACAACGGUCUGCGAAUUGUGACUGUCCAAUUUAUUUUGUGAGAGAUGAUUACUUAGCUCGCAAGCAAGCCGGCUUUCCAAUACCUUCAGAAUUGGAUGAAAUUCUACCACAAUUGGACAAUUUAGCUGCUCAAGAAUUAUUACACGAACUUUUGGGUCAAAGAAAAGAUUGGGAGAAAAAUGUUCAUAUUGUAUUCGGUGAUUUAUUCUCGCUAAUUCUGUCUAAUAUGAUAAACUACCAGAAAUUACCUCAGUUCCAUCUGUAUUCAUGUCAUGAUUCUUCACUGAUGUUAUUAUUAUUUGGUUUGAGUGUAUAUGAUGGAUCUUGGCCACCGUUUUCAGCUGAUUUAAUAUUUGAAUUAUACACAACUAAAUCAUCAACAUUGCAGUUAUCAAAGACAUCACCUAUCCUGCGUCCUGGUGAUGCUUCACUAGCGUCAAUAGAUCAUAUAUCUCCUGAAAAUUUGAAUAAUUUAUGGUUUCGCUUAUUGUAUCUUGGUAAGCCAAUUCCAUUGAAAUCACUAUGGAAUUUAUCUUAUCCUAAUGAUUAUAAUAUGAUGAGCGAUAACUCACUAGUACCAUUGAAAGCAUUGCAUGAAUACCUUGAAAAAGCUAGAAGAGCCAGUUGAAAUUGCUAAAAAUGAUGAUGUUUUUGAUUUGUUUUAUCUAUACUCUCACAGCCUACAACUCAUGUUAGCACAACUGUGAAUUCAUUUAAUAUUAGUAUUACCUAAAACACUGUUAAACACUGAACACUUCAUUUACGCACUACAAGAUUAGUAGUGGCGGUGACGACAGUAAUUGAAUGAAUUGAAAGAGAAUAUUUCUAGUUUUUCUUUUGACUUUUACCGUGUAUAUCGAAAAAGCGUGUAUCCUUUUUAAUGUGUAUACCUGUUUGCUCUAAAAUUAUCAUCAUGAAUAUCGAUGUACUGUAUUAUUUUAUUACACAUUAUUCAAGAUGUGUUUGCAUACGCAAAAUUCAUUUUUGUCUUAUGUGUUUUAUAGAGUACUUUAUAGAUUGGAAGAUUUUAAUUAUCGCAUUUACAUGAAACUUUAAAAUAAGCAAUACGUUUGAGAAUAUUUUAUACAUACACAUUAGAACAACAUGCGUAACACGUUCAUUUUAGUUCGGGUUUUUCUUUCAUCUAAAAAUGCUUUCAUUACUGAAACUCAACAUGAGUUAGUCAGUUAGUUGAUAAAAUGUAUUCACGUACUCACGUGCGUUACUCAAAUAUUGCGUUUUGAUUUCACUGUCUCUUAUUUUACUAACUAUUACUUUUCUUAUGUCUCUGUAAAUGUGGAUGUAAAUAUCAUCCAUAUGUUAUACACAUUAACCCUAAGAUAUUGCAGCGUUUUUUUUAAUUACUUAGCAGAGCCGAAGAACACGUCAUUUUUACCCCUAAAACAUACUAGCGUUUAGUUUGAACUAAUCUCUUCAAAUCGUGAUUAUCCUCAAAUUAAUUUUUUUAGAUCAACUCGUCAUUUUGAUUAUUAUAAAAUGUUUGGCCUCCUACCUAUCUACUGUCAACCUUCUUAUCUAAUAAUAACGUGAAUUACGCCGUUACUACUAAAACUGUCAUUUUUCAUCCAGAUAAGUAUUAUUCAACAUCAGACUGGCAGAUUCCAUACGGAUACCUUUAUAAAAUAGAGUACUGACAAAGUAUUAUUUCCUGGUUGACGUUUCCAACAAAAUUUAUUGCUCAUAAUCAUAUCAAUUAUAAUCACACGAAUUUGAAACUUGAGUUUUACAGUUUUCUCCUAUUUGUCGUAGGGGUGUUAGUAUAAUUUUCCAGAUGUCUGGGUCAGUUGCUGAAUCAUUCUUAUUACAUGUAAUUACAGUUGAU